CGCUUAUGAAGUUCUAGCACAACUUGAAAAAACUUGAUUCAUCAAGAUUGGAGACAGAAUUGACUGGGAUAAAAAUCCCUACUUUCUCCUGUUUUGACCAAUUUUUUUCUUUUUUUUUCUGGUGCAUCUGACCCAUUUCUAAGGGUUUCUCAGGCCACCCUCGAAGCUUGCUGCCAAGGCACGUGAGAGGGGCCAACGUUUAAUAUUGUCAAAUACGGUCAAAUUUCCGGUCUUCUAUUCAUGUGUUUGUUUUGUAUGGCAUCGGCGUCAUGGCUCUACAAGCAGCACACUUGGUAAACGGCGUGUGGACCACACGCCGUAUAGAUAUCAGUGACCUGCUGGUCCAAGAUCGCGCACGGAGGCCUGAUCUGCGCCGGGACGCUGAACCUCCAAGGCCAAAAGUUGGACUGCUCUCCCAGACAGUCAUUCGAAGUCCAAUUGUUCAAUGGAUUCUUCCUGCUCGUCUGCGAAGCAAGUUCCACAACGAUGUCGCCUUCGUCGGGGAACGGUCCGUGCAUCUAAAGGAAGCGGUCCUAGGUGUCCAUCUAGAAGAUGUGACAACGAAGGCUGACUUCGAUUCCAACAUUAUCGCUGCAAAAGUCAUCAAUGCGUGCACAGAGUUGACAUGGGAAGCUCAGAUGAAGAUGGGGGCUGGAAAUGCAACAUCCUCUCAAAAUUCAGAUAUUCACGAUGCACUCCCCCCUCAGAUUUUAGUCCUCACACUGGAGUCCAGGGAAUUAGUCUUCCUCUAUUGCGCAGUGAAGUCGCCUGUAAAGGAUCCCCAUUUCAUACAUCUUCGAAGGCCUUUGCCCUGUGAUGUGAGUUCUCUGGAGAGAUUUGGUCGACAUGUGGCAGUUGAUCCGAGAUCGCGCGCAAUGGCUGUAGCUGCUUCAGCCGAUUAUUUUGGCGUGUUUAUCUUGAGGUCAUCCGACACAUUGCAGUCGCAGAUGAUGCGAGGAAAUCUAGAUCCAAUCUCAGAGGAGCGUUUCUUCCGGGUUGAUGGUGAUAUCCUAUUCAUGGACUUCCUUUACCCUAAGGCCGAAGAUGGUGAUCGAAUAAUCCUUUUGCUGUUGGUCUCUAAAAAUCAAAACACACAAGUCGUAUGUUACGAUUGGGAAGCAACUGGAAGCCUGAAACAGGCGCAUCCCCGGGUAACAACGAGACCCUUGCCUGCUGAAGACAGACUGCCAACCAUCCUUGUGCCUUUGACAAAGGCCACUUCGUUCAUGCUUAUUACCACUGUUUCGAUGGCGGUCUACCGAAACAUCCUCGAUCCACGUGCGGAUAAACAACCUCAUAGGUAUCCACUUCCCAGGCCUGAUCAAGAGCUGCGACGCUGCCCACUGUGGACCAGAUGGGCGAGACCCUUCCGCAACUGGUUGUACAACCAAAAGCACGAUGACAUAUAUCUUUGUCGAGAAGAUGGGAAGAUAUUUUACCUUGAGAUCGGAAAUGAUGGGGAAAUUGAGCACCAGUCCCAUCUAGGGCAGCUUGGCUGUGAUGUGGAUGCUGCCUUUGACAUUCUCGAUAUCGGCUUCCAAGGUGGUGACCUUCUAUUAGUAGCAGGUAAUAUGGGUGAUGGAGGACUUUUUAUUCAAAAGGCUAGAGAGCAUCCGACAUGUGUCCAGAAAUUCUUGAACUGGGCACCUGUUAUCGAUUCUGUCAUAGUGGACACUACGUCCAGUGACAUUGGCCGAAGCCGUCAUCCUUCAUCGAAAGGCAAUCUAUCCCAUGAACGUCUGUUUGCCUGCACCGGUUCCACCAUUGGCCAGGGAGCUAUAGUCGAACUUCGACAUGGCAUAGAAGCGCGGGUAGGUCUAGUGAUCCCGCUUGACCACUUGUCGGGCACGAGGGACAUUUGGACCAUGUCUGACAAUGUCGAAGGUGGCACGUACCUGCUAGCUUCAGACCCGGUCUCAUCCACACUUCUUUACCUUCCUACAGACACGGGCGAGGAAAUAUAUGCAAUGGAUGAGUCCCAAUCCGGCCUGGACUUUUUUGCACAUACAUUAGCUGGGGGUUGCACGCCGUCUGGUGUAAUUAUCCAGGUGACCAACCAUUCUAUUAACCUUACCUCGCCUCGCACUGAACUCCUCGACCACUGUUUCCGUUAUGAGAGCCAUGAAUCCGUUAUUACUGCCGCCGUUAGUGGCAGACUAUCGCUUAUUGCUACCGCUGUUCGGGUAAAUGAUAAUGUAUUUGUCCACCUCGGUAAAGCAUCUUCUUCCAGUACUGCUCUUACAGUGGAACGGGUUGGUGAACCACUUCUGUUUCCUCAUGAGCCGAUCUCUCUUUUGAUACAGAGUCUGGGUCCCUAUUCCUUGGUAUUUGUCGGCACUGCAAAUGGCAAAGUUAUCGUAUACCGUGUCGAGGAGAAUCAUGCCGUUCUAUGGUCUGAGCACGACAUUGUUCUCACCGAAGAAAUCGAAGCAUCCAAAGCGAUCGAAAGCUUAGUUAUGGUCAGUUCAGAUGAUGGAGGCAAAGAAGCAAGGUGCACAUUGUUUUGCGGUCUCCGAAGUGGUAUACUAGUACCCCUGGAAAUGCAUCACAGCGCAGAGGGCGGCGUCGAGAAGAUAGAACAAGUGCAUAUUCAGAGACUUGGACAGACAACUGUCAGAUUGAGCAGCAAUCCAACUCAAGAAGACUUCGCUCUGGUUCUCUGUGGCGACAAGUUCUGGCAUUUGAAACAUGCUAAUGACGGAGAUUAUACGCUUCAGAAAAUAUGGGUGACAGACCAAAGCAAUCCUUCUUACCUACAAGGGAGCAUAGACGUUGCGACCUUGAUCGAUGCGCAGGACGACCCCAGACCCGAUAGUCUCGCCGGUUCACUUGUCUGCAUCAGUGAGGGACAACUCUUGAUUUGUACCCUAGAUAAGAAUGCGGGACCUGUCCCUCGCCGUAUUCAUCUCCCAGGAAGUGCCAACAGAUUGAUAUAUUCGAAGUAUCUCAACAGUCUGGUUGUGUCAUAUACGCUUGUGGAGCUCGACACGGAAACGGACCCUAUCAAGCGUUACUCGCGACCAACCAUCGAAUUCAUAGACCUUGAUUCUCAAAACCCAGAGGUGAGGAAUCCAGGACCUUCUAUGAGAGACCUGGAUGCCCGCCAGCCAUGGAGGCCCUCUGGAGCGUCAGGAGAGAAGAUCACUUGCCUCCUGGACUGGAUGCCGAAGAGAGAUGGGGCUGAAUACCAUUUUAUCGUUAUUGGAACGGCACGCAAGCAUCAGGAAGAGAAAGGGCGCAUUAUUUUCCUUCAAACUCAGCGCGACCGGGCCACCGGGCAGAUCGAGUGUGUUGUCAAACAUGUCCAUAAGUUCGAAGGUGCUGUGCAUGCUGUCGCACCAUACGGUGAUUUCACCUUGAUGGUUGCUACCGGUUAUGAUAUCGUUCCCUUGGAGCCGAAGUUUUCUGAAAAAAGAUGGGUUCGAUCGGCCCGGUACAGAUUGACGUCUCCGGCUGUCUCGAUCAGUGUCCACGAGCCAUUCCUGUAUCUGUCGACCUCGAGAGAGUCCUUGGUGGUUCUCAAAAUCACUGAUGACAAGUUGGUUUUAUAUUCUCAUGACAGAGUGAAACGAGAGGGUGUCUCCCAUUUCCACAUCGGAGGAGAAGCGAAGCUGACUCUGGCCACAAGCAGAGGUGGUACAGUCAGCGCUCUGACCGAGAUUGGUGUCACAACAAACGAUAAAGUCAUGCCAGCACCGCUCGCGGAAGCCCAUCUACCAGUCUCAAUCAUGAAACUCAACCCCAGUCACACCAUCUCAUCUUCGCCCUCAGCUACAGUCACCUACGGCACCGCUCUCGAUGGGACAGUCUACCGCCUCACAACCCUCACGGAGAAAGAAUGGCGUCUCCUGCGCUUCUUGCAAAAUAUAUGCAUGAGAGACCCCAUAAUAUGUCCCUUCGGUUCGGUCCGAAAACGACGCUGGAUCCCCGCAGAGAUCGAACCCUCGACGACCAAGCCAUCCACCAUGCAUGUGAAUGGUGACAUAUUGAGCCGACUCCUGAGUCACGGCAGCGACUAUCUCCGACAGAUGUUAUCGAUAGAGUACGACUCCCACGGCACUGGCAACACAACAACUUCGACCAGCACUGCAAUGGAGCGGUUUUCCGACCUCGCUGUAGAAGUCUUCGGGGAGUCCGAGAAUCCCGUCAAGAACGUAAUCGAGUGGUUGAGGAAUAUACUCGCGAUCAACCUCUGAGAUAAAAUAGUUACUAGUGCGGUGUCUAUAUUUUCUUUUUGUUCCUUGUUAUGCGCUGCCUACGCGGAUGACUUGGGAAAGGAAGCUUUCCUUGAUUCUUUUUUCUUUCCCCUUUUUUUUUCUUCCAUUUUUCCCUGGCCUUUUUGGGUCCUGCAUUCGACAUUGUUAUUAGGACGACUAAAAGUUUUUCUCUACUUUAACAGUAGAAGCUGUAGCACGGGUU